AUGGACUUUUCAGAGAAGUGGAGUAAUGUGCCCAAAGCUCCGAGUCUGAAGAACCUGACAGAGGGAAGCUUCGGCGCCCUGAAGGAGACUCAGCAUGCCGCUGUUCAGGAUCUGACUAAAGCUCACAUCGAGUCCUUUGACCACGCUGUCACUGAGGGGCUCAGCCGGGUGGUGCAGUCCAUCCCUGUGUUGGAGUUCACAUUCAGAAAAGACAGGAUCAGCCUUGCGUUUGUCGACGCCGCCCUCUGCAGCCCGGUGGUCUCCAAAGGGAGCAUUAGCAGGGAGAUGAAGGUGUUUCCAGCAGAGUGCAGAGGAAGAAAAUGUUCAUACAAAGGAAAACUGGUGGCAGACGUCACCUGGUCAGUCAAUGGUGUUCCCAAAGGCACAAUCAAACAGACCUUGGGUCACCUGCCAAUCAUGGUGAAGUCCAAGCUGUGUAACUUGUAUGGCAUGUCCCCCAAAGAGCUUGUAGAACACCAUGAAGAAGCAGAGGAGAUGGGAGGUUAUUUCAUCGUGAAUGGAAAUGAGAAGGUCAUUCGUAUGCUGAUCAUGCCAAGGAGGAACUAUCCUAUUGCUAUGUCCAGGCCAAAGUGGAAGAGCAGGGGGCAGGGAUACACUCAGUAUGGUAUUUCCAUGCGUUGCGUGAAGGACGAGCACUCCGCCAUCAACAUGAACCUGCAUUAUCUGGAAAACGGGACUGUGAUGCUGAACUUCGUCUACCAAAAAGAGCUCUUCUUCCUCCCACUAGGCUUUGUGCUCAAGGCCCUGGUGGACUUCACAGACUUCCAGAUCUACCAGGAGCUAAUCAAAGGCCGUGAGGACAACUCCUUCUACAAGAGCUGUGCGUCAGAGAUGCUGCGCAUUGUCAUGGAGGAGGGCUGCACCACCCGCAGCAAGGUGCUCAAUUACCUCGGAGAGCGCUUCAGGGUUAAGUUGAACCUUCCCGAGUGGUACACAAACCAGCAAUGUGCCAACUUCCUGCUGGACGAGUGCAUCUGUAUUCACCUGAAGUCAGACGUGGAGAAGUUCUACCUGCUGUGUCUGAUGACCAGGAAGCUGUUUACGUACGCAAAGCAGGAGUGCAUGGAGGAAAACCCAGACAGCAUCAUGUGUCAGGAAGUGCUCACACCUGGUCAGCUCUACCUCAUGUUUCUGAAGGAGAAACUUGCUGGCUGGUUGGUGUCUGUGAAGCUGUUAUUUGAAAAGAAAUGCCACAGACUGAACACUGAAAACGUGAUGAAAAUAUUUAACCUGGGCACUGACCUGACCAGACCCUUUGAAUAUCUGCUGGCCACUGGGAACCUCAGCUCCAAGUCAGGUCUUGGCAUGCUCCAGAACACAGGCCUGUGCGUGGUAGCUGACAAGCUCAACUUCAUCCGGUACCUGUCCCACUUCCGCUGUGUGCACAGAGGGGCAGCAUUCGCCAAGAUGAGGACCACAUCUGUUCGUAAGCUGCUGCCCGAAUCCUGGGGAUUCCUGUGUCCCGUGCACACUCCUGAUGGAGAGCCUUGUGGCCUCAUGAAUCACAUGACAGCCAGCUGUGAGAUUGUGGCGAAGUCUUUGCCUACCGUAUCUCUGCCUGCUCUGCUAUGCUCUCUUGGUGUGACUCCAGUAGAUGGCUCCCCUGGCCAAGCUUUUUCAGACUGCUACCCUGUGGUGAUGGAUGGGGCUGUUGUAGGUUGGGUGGAGGCUGAAUUAGCCCCAGCUGUGGCUGACUCACUGCGCAGGUUUAAGGUGCUCAAAGAGAAGAAGAUCCCUCCCUGGACUGAGAUUGUUCUGGUUCCAAAAACAGGCAAGGCCAGCUUGUACCCAGGCCUGUUCCUCUUCAGCACACCCUGUCGUAUGGUGCGGCCUGUCCGAAACUUGGCUCUUGGCAAGCAAGAGUUGAUUGGCACCUUUGAACAACUUUACAUCAAUGUGGGCAUCUUGGAGGAUGAGAUCGAGCCAGGAGUGACCACACACCAGGAGCUCUUCCCGCACAGUAUGCUCAGCGUGGUGGCUAACUUCAUCCCCUACUCAGACCACAACCAGAGUCCUAGGAACAUGUACCAGUGUCAGAUGGGUAAGCAGACUAUGGGUUUCCCCCUGCACUCAUUCAUGGAUCGCUCAGAUAACAAGCUGUACCGGCUCCAGACCCCUCAGAGCCCGCUGGUCAGGCCCUACAUGUACGACCACUAUAACCUGGACAACUACCCCAGCGGCACCAACGCCAUCGUGGCUGUUAUAUCCUAUACAGGCUACGACAUGGAAGACGCCAUGAUUGUGAACAAGUCAUCAUGGGAGAGAGGCUUUGCCCAUGGAAGUAUCUACAAGACUGAGCUGGUAGACCUGGCGGAUAAGGUGAAGGGAGACAACAGUGUGGUGUUUGGAGCCAAGUCAGAUGACCUGAGAGUAAAAGAGAAACUGGACGCCGAUGGACUACCACACAUUGGAUCAACACUUCAGUAUGGAGACCCCUUCUACAGCUAUAUCAACCUCAACACUGGUCAGACCUUUGUCACGUUCUACAAGAGCCAGGAGGCCUGUGUUGUUGACAAUAUAAAGAUCUGCAGCAAUGACACCGGCUCAGGCCGCUUUAAACGCGUCUGCAUCACUGUACGAGUGCCGCGAAACCCCACCAUCGGUGACAAGUUUGCCAGCCGCCACGGUCAGAAGGGCAUCCUGAGCCGCCUGUGGCCGGCCGAGGACAUGCCCUUUACAGAGAGUGGCAUGAGUCCUGACAUCCUGUUCAACCCCCACGGCUUCCCCUCUCGCAUGACCAUCGGGAUGCUGAUUGAAAGCAUGGCGGGCAAAUCCGGCGCCCUGCACGGCCUGAGCCACGAUGCCACGCCCUUCACCUUUUCAGAGGAGAGCUCUGCGCUCGAGUACUUUGGUGAAAUGCUCCGGGCAGGUGGCUACAACUACUAUGGCACAGAGCGGCUUUACAGUGGGAUGAGCGGUCAGGAGCUAGAAGCCGACAUCUUCAUUGGAGUUGUCUACUACCAGCGGCUACGUCACAUGGUCUCUGACAAGUUUCAGGUGAGGACCACAGGAGCACGAGACAAGGUGACCAACCAGCCAGUGGGAGGAAGGAACAUCCAGGGAGGAAUCCGUUUUGGCGAGAUGGAACGAGACGCCCUGCUGGCCCACGGCUCCUCUUUCCUGCUUCACGACCGCCUCUUCAACUGCUCAGACCGGUCGGUGGCUCAGGUGUGCGUUGACUGUGGCAGCCUGCUCUCCCCUCUGUUAGAGAAACCACCACCAUCCUGGUCAGCCAUGCGUCACCGAAAGACUGUCUGCACUCUGUGUGGUAAAAGUGACUCUAUUGACUCGGUGUCUGUUCCUUAUGUCUUCCGCUACUUUGUAGCCGAGCUCGCAGCGAUGAACAUCAAAGUCAAAUUAGAUGUAAAAUGAAUUUUGUGGUACCUGAAAUGGGUACAACUCAAAAGAAAGUGUCUGUUGUGAAACUGUUGUCCGAUGACGCUGCUAAAUUAACCAUCCUUAAAAAACAGACCACAGUGUGUCAGAAAAGCCACGUGCCAGAGAGGUUUAUCAUUAAAAGAUUAUUUUUAUUAGCCAAGACUUUGAAAAAAUAAACAAGUAGCAGCAUGUGAUGGAAUGAAUGUAUUGACGUUUGUUAAGGCGUGUGGAAAUAAACCCCAAAGGUCUUUUUGUACAGUCAGAGUAUUCAAUAAAAAUGAUGCUGUAU